GAGGAAGAGUGUGCUGCGAGGGUUUUUCAACUCUCCACCAACAAACACCAAGAGGGGACGGGACAUAUAGCAAAAAGGAAAAUGAUUAUUCCAAUUCGUUGUUUUUCUUGUGGAAAGGUUAUUGGCGAUAAAUGGGACAGCUAUCUUACCCUUCUUCAGGAGGACAAUACUGAAGGUGAAGCCUUGGACAAGUUGGGCUUGCAGCGCUACUGCUGUAGACGUAUGAUUCUUACUCACGUCGAUUUGAUUGAAAAAUUACUUUGUUACAAUCCUCUUUCGAAGCAAAAGAAUAUGUAAAUUCCACAUAUUAAAUAAAACGAUUAUACCAAGGAAAAUGAGAAUUUUUUUUGGAUAUGUGAGAAUAUAGUCAUAACUUGAAUCAGAGGCUAUGAUAAAUGUCUUUGCUUAUGGCUUAUCUUAUUUUCGAUGCAGUUUCUUUGAGCUAUGAGAACUGUUUUUCAUGGGUACAUGGAAAACCGAGAGCUGUUGCUGUUUAAUCGCAGGAUUAAAUUUGGACGUUUCCGGAAGUUGGAUUUUUCAUGUUUAUUUUAUUUUAGUCUUAUAAUUCGCAUAUAGAAUGUUUGGGUAAUCCAAUUGGAUUGAUUUUUGGUUAUUUGGUAACUUCAGUACAUAUUUAGCAGGAUGCAAUUUAUUUGUAAUCCGUUUCCAAAUCAUGUAUACUAUGUUUCCAGUCGUAAAAGAGCCUUAGGUCUAUUAUAUAGUUUCAUAAUCAGC